UCGGCAGCCUCACAAUCAGGCUCGCUUCAUCAUGCCAACUCAGCCCGACGACGUUCUGCUCUCGCUGCAGUCAUCUCUCCGCAACGCCCUGUCGACCUUUGGGCCUAACAGCACUCAGUACCUUAAUAUCAAGUACAUGAUCGACGAAUAUGUAGCUAAACUCGCGCUUGAGAACUUGUCGUUGUCAUCGCCCAACGAGCAGCAGCAAUGAGUCGAGGCGGGGACGCGAGAAGCGUACGUGGGUGUCUGUGUACGGAAGACAAGGUCGCCUCACCCCUUGCACUCCCCUAAAGCUUCCUUCAACCCCAGUGUCGCUUUCGCUUUCAUCACGACAGCCUUCGGCCUGAUGGAACACCACCCCCUUCACGGCUUCGUAUCACGGAAGGCAGUGAUGCU